UUCAAAACAUUUCAGAUUGAUAACAGUUGAAUUUACAAAUAAUUCUAAUAUAUGUGUGGAGAAAUUUUUGUUCAAUGAAUAAUUCACUUAUUUUAGUAAUUUUGGUUGCAUUAUUCUGGUGUUCAAGCAUUCAGGCAGAAACUUACUCUGAAGUAAAUUUAAUUAAAAAUGUGGUAGUAAGCGACACAUAUUAUAAAAACUGCGCACCAUCGGUUACUUGCAAUUCCACUUCUAAAUAUAGAACCACUGAUGGUACGUGCAAUAAUUUAGAACAUCCAUUAUGGGGUUCAACUAAUACUCCUUAUAUAAGACUGGGUCCAGCUUAUUACGAUGACGGUAACUAUACUAUUCGAUUACAACAUAAGGAUGGUAUGGAAUUGCCCGGAGCUCGCGAAUUGCAGUUGGGAUUGUUUUGGCCAAAAUCAUGUUUAUUUGAUCCUCCAGACAUUAGAAAUUAUCAUGCCAAUCAAAUUGGCCAGUUUGUUACACAUGAUAUUAGUUUAAUGCCUUCCAACGUUGCGGUGCCCCCAGCGGAUUGUUGUACAGUUCAGGGUGACGACAAUAUUUCAUAUAUUUGCCAAGCAGUGAUUAAGAUCAGCCCAUCAGACCCGUUAUUUUCUGAAAUCAAUAAAACUUGUCUUCCAUUUAGACGAGCAAUGACAGCUUCUUUUGAUUUCAACUGUGAAAUAACUCCUCAGAUACCCGUGCGUAAUGAUUUAUAUUAUCGUAUAUUUUAAGCUAUUACAUAGCUUUUAUCGCGGGCCUGGCGUGUUGAAUGCAAAACAAUUUUUCGAUACGAAAAAGUGUGACCGUAGUCUUAAGAUGUUUAAGGCGCAUGCUCGUCGUAUACCUGCUACGCAACGAUAGGCCGACUUGUGCAAUGGGGGCCUGGCUUCAUACGAGCACGGACCUCAAACACGUUGCCAGCGAGAGCGUCACAUUAGUUCAUCGUCGACAUCUGACGUGAACAAUUAACUCAAAAUGUAUUCUAUACUAUUCGGUCACGUGCGCAGCUGCGAACACGUCGUACGUAGUCCGUUGUCUUGCGUUGGCAUUAUUACGUACAUGUCCCCACCCCCACCAAUU